AUGCUGAUGCUGAAAAAGAAAUUUUAGAAGUCACGGAUAAAUAUGUAGUUGAUAAAGCAACACAUAAAGUCAUUGAAGAUCAUAAGCAAGAAGUGAUUGCCGUUGAACAAGAGAAGAAAGAAAAGAGAGCAGGCAUUCUUGAAAAUCUAACUAGUGGCUUAACUAGCUUAUAUAAUACCACUACCGAAACCACUAGGGGUCUUGGAAAACAUAUUGAACAAGCCCUUACGUCCGACACAGAUGAACACGACCACCAAGAAAAAGCAACUGCCCUAAUAGUUGUCCAAUCGAAUGCCACUCCUGAAAAAACAAAAUCAAUUCUCACGGACCAAAAAAAUGAUGGAAGCUUCGAAAUAAGUCAGACUAUAGUUAAAGAAUUAGACGUUCCUGCAAAAGAAGUCGUGACAACCAUUCAGACAUAUACUACUAAUGAGAAACUCAAGAAACCAGAAUCCGCUUCUUGGUGGAAAACAGCAUUAACUCUCAGUUAUCUUAAGAGCGCCGCAUCACAACACGAAGGAGAAUGGAGAGAAAAAUAUAAUAAAGCGCGAGAAUACCUUACUUUACAAAUUGGUGACGCAGAGGCCGAAAAAGAAUUGCUAGAUACUACAGAUAAAUAUGUGGUUGAUAAUGUAACUAAGAAAGUUAUUGUUGAAAAGAAGAAAAAUGCA